UCACCCCGUGAUGGGAGUGAUGGGAAUAGCAAGAGGGAGCCCAGUCCGAGCACCCCGCGAAAGAUCCCACGGCCAUCUCAUUUACCCCGGGUUGUUCACUCACCACAGCAGUGCCCAGAUCCCUGAUACAAUGGAGUGGGUGAAGGAGACGAGUAAGUUGUGCCAACGCCAGGUGCGCAGGGGGUCGGUUUGCACGUGUGCAGGCAGGGGCAGGCGACAGAGCACGCGCCGGAGUGCCCGGAAGGUCAGCGUGGCGCCCAGGAGCAGCGGCCAGGCGGGGUGCAACAGUAGGGGCAUGCUGGCCCUUCCUGCCGUCUGUCCGCCCCUUAAGCCGUCUCCUCAGACAGUUCUGGGAACACCGUUCCUUCUCUGGCCAGCGCGCCACGAUCGUUUCUGCCACGGGCCGUCAGCCCCACAGUUUCGCGGAGCCCUCAAGGCCCCUUCGCUCCUCCCCGCGUUCCCAGUGAGGCCUCUGCCCGCCCCUGUCGCCCCCGCCCCGCCCCGCCGCCUGCCCCCGCCCCUCGGGCGCCUCUGCCGCGAGGAGGGCGCGAGCCGGGUGUCCCCCAGGGCCCCGCCCGGAAUCGGCCGACCUCGAGCGCGAAGGGGCUGUCCCCGCCAUCAUUGCCGAGGCACCCCUGUCUGGCGCCUCCCGACAUCCGAAGGCGUCCUCGGCCGCCCUCGUGCGUACGGCCCCACUAGCCCACUUCCCGACUUUCUCUGCCGCCACCGGCUCCUACACCCUGGGCAGGUUCUGCAAGAACGCUCCUCUCUCAACUCUUUCAGGGCAGAGCUGGGCGGGACCGUCGCACAGCCCGGGCUGCUGAACGCUGAUCCCGGGGGCUCAGGAGCGCCGCCUCAGACCUCGGCUCCGCCCAGACUCGAUUCCUCUCUUGGACCGGGAUCGACGUGUUUACCUGCUUCUCCCGCGCCCCGCACGAGUGGUGCUUAGGAACUGUUGAGUCACCCACCAUCACCACACUUCUCCCCCACCGUUCUUGGGCUCCUGGAGCACAGCGGUUGUCACAGUCCUCCCUCAGACAGUCCCAACCCUCUUCUGGCUCCUUGGAGGCUGGGGCGGGGAAGGCUGCCGAUUUGCUCAGACAGCUGGGGUGACCCUCUCUCCAGGGCAGCGGCCUGGAGUAGUUGCGGCUUCUGGCCACUAGGUGUCAGUCUGUCCUCACUGUGCUGUGGGAUCCAAGCCCGCCUCCACUCCAGAGAGUAAGGCAGCUGCUCUGCGGAGCGGGAUCGGCAGACCGGGAGAAAAGGAGCAGCCCAGAGGCGGUGCUGGAUGAAGGAAGUGUGCCUUUGGGAGGUGGAAGUGGACAACGAGGGCAAAAGGUGGGGACUAGGAGAACAGUGUUUCAAGAUGGGGAGGGGCAAAAGCCCAAGCUCAGACUGCCAGGCACCUAAGCCUUUGGGUGUUUGCUGCCUUCCCUGAUGGUUCCAGGGUUACACAUUAACUCCCAUAGGUCCCCAGGGUCACUCAAGGCCCAUUCGGUUACUAAGUGAUAGCACGAUGUAAUGUUUUGUGUGAGCUUUUUACCCCUGCACUCCCUCUUUGCUUCACCAGCCUACUCCAGCCUGAGCCAGUGACCGCAGGUUCCCUCCACGUAGGCUAGUUUGGGGCGGGGCAGGGACAAAAAAUAAACAACCCUUCUCUCGCUUUCCUCGCCCAUUCAGAAAUAGGAACGUUGUUAGCUAAGGACCACCUCCUGAAUACUGACAUUUUAUAACUGCCUUAGAGCUGCAGGUGUCAUGAAGAAGUCAGGAUUUCAUUCAUCCUGAUCGAAACCCUAGCAGCGAUACCAACCUAGCAGCCCACUAUUUCUGGACAGAAGCGUAGAACCUUCUCUGGGUUUCCCCCCACCGCGACACUGUAAGUUUUGAGUAAAGCACCGAGUCCCCCUACGGCAGCAUUUUGUGCGGAUUCUGAGAAACCGAGAGCACCGUGCUCAGUAGUUGUUACAACCAAGAGACCACGUCACGUACUCUUCAGGUGAAUCAGUUUGUCCAACUGGGGUUUUCCCGGUCCCUCCCUCGGCAAACACCAAAUAACGCCGCUCCCCGCCGCUCCCCGCCGCACACAGACCGGCUCGGUUUUGGUGGUUUAUCCUUUACGUGCCAAUCAUGGGAAUCCCUUUAUCUUUCUGAAGUAGUGCCAACUCGUCCCGGACAGUGGGGACUGUAUCGAUCUUCGUAUUCCACUCGCAUUAGACCUUUGAAGGAACAAUAUUGUUUUUUUGCCGGGCAACAUAAGUGGGCGCCUUAUCACUCCAGUCUAACUACCUAUGCCCAAGUCACGCGUGUGCGAUGUGGCUGGUACGAUUCUGAGCACUGAGGGACUCGUCAAGAAACCCAGAAUGACUAUUCUCUGAUUCCUCGUUGGGGAAACACGACUUAGCCUCUAGGUUGAGUUCAAAGUCAGAGAAAGACUGACUCGACAGACGCCCCCGUUUCGCCGGCUCCGCCCUGCAAAAGUUUUACAGCCAGGAGGAGGAGCUCCCAGAUGGGAGGGUCCGCGCACGCGCCGCACCGGGAUCCCAGAAGCGUAACUGAGAAAUGAGAUGGAGAAGUACGAGCGGAUCCGAGUGGUGGGAAGAGGUGCCUUCGGGAUUGUGCACCUGUGCCUGCGAAAGGCCGACCAGAAACUGGUGAUCAUCAAGCAGAUUCCGGUGGAACAGAUGACCAAAGAAGAGAGGCAGGCGGCCCAGAACGAGUGCCAGGUGCUCAAACUGCUCAACCACCCCAACGUCAUCGAGUACUACGAGAACUUCCUAGAGGACAAGGCCCUCAUGAUUGCUAUGGAGUACGCACCAGGUGGCACCUUGGCCGAGUUCAUCCAGAAGCGCUGCAACUCUCUGCUAGAGGAGGAGACGAUCCUUCACUUCUUUGUGCAGAUCCUGCUGGCUCUGCAUCACGUGCACACACACCUCAUCCUGCAUCGGGACCUCAAGACACAGAACAUCCUUCUUGACAAACACCGCAUGGUGGUCAAGAUCGGUGACUUUGGCAUCUCUAAGAUCCUCAGUAGCAAGAGCAAGGCCUACACGGUGGUGGGUACACCAUGCUACAUCUCCCCUGAGCUGUGUGAGGGCAAACCCUACAACCAGAAGAGUGACAUCUGGGCUCUGGGCUGUGUCUUAUAUGAGCUGGCCAGCCUCAAGAGGGCCUUCGAGGCUGCAAACUUGCCAGCCCUGGUGCUGAAGAUCAUGAGUGGCACUUUUGCACCCAUCUCUGACCGGUACAGCCCUGAGCUUCGCCAGCUCGUCCUGAGUCUGCUCAGCCUGGAACCUGCACAGCGGCCACCCCUCAGCCACAUCAUGGCGCAGCCCCUCUGCAUCCGGGCCCUUCUCAACAUCCACACCGAUGUGGGCAGCGUGCGCAUGCGGAGGGCAGAGAAGUCCCUGACCCCAGGACCACCUAUAGCCUCUGGCAGCACAGGGAGCAGGGCCACCAGUGCCCGAUGCAGGGGUGUCCCCAGGGGACCUGUGAGACCCGCUAUCCCGCCACCACUGUCUUCAGUCUACGCUUGGGGUGGUGGCCUUAGCAGUCCCCUGAGGUUGCCAAUGCUCAACACGGAGGUGGUCCAGGUGGCCGCCGGGCGCACGCAGAAGGCUGGUGUUACGCGCUCUGGACGCCUCAUCCUGUGGGAGGCCCCACCCCUGGGAGCUGGAGGUGGCACACUCCUUCCGGGAGCGGUGGAGCUGCCUCAGCCCCAGUUUGUCUCUCGUUUCCUGGAAGGCCAGUCAGGUGUGACCAUCAAGCAUGUGGCCUGCGGGGACCUGUUCACCGCAUGCUUGACAGACCGAGGCAUUAUCAUGACGUUCGGCAGCGGCAGCAAUGGGUGUUUAGGUCACGGCAACCUGACUGACAUCAGCCAGCCCACCAUUGUAGAAGCCCUGCUGGGCUACGAGAUGGUGCAGGUGGCCUGUGGGGCCUCUCAUGUGCUGGCCCUGUCCACAGAUGGAGACUUAUUCGCCUGGGGCCGAGGAGAUGGUGGUAGACUGGGACUAGGCACCAGGGAGUCCCAUAACUGCCCUCAGCAGGUGCCUGUGGCCCCAGGACAGGAAGCUCAGAGAGUUGUCUGUGGUAUUGACUCUUCCAUGAUCCUCACCUCUCCAGGCAGGGUCCUGGCCUGUGGAAGUAACAGGUUCAACAAGCUAGGCUUGGACCACCUAUCCCUGGACGAGGAGCCUGUUCCCCACCAGCAAGUGGAGGAGGCCCUGAGCUUCACACCACUGGGCUCUGCACCUCUGGACCAGGAGCCCCUGCUGUGUGUGGACCUUGGCACUGCUCAUUCAGCUGCUAUCACUGCUUCCGGGGACUGCUAUACUUUUGGCAGCAAUCAACAUGGACAGCUGGGCACCAGUUCCCGCAGGGUCAGCAGGGCACCCUGUCGGGUCCAAGGCCUGGAGGGCAUCAAGAUGGUGAUGGUGGCCUGCGGGGAUGCCUUCACUGUGGCCGUUGGGGCAGAGGGGGAAGUGUAUUCUUGGGGCAAAGGAACCCGAGGCCGACUGGGAAGGAGGGAUGAGGAUGCCGGAUUGCCUAGGCCAGUGCAGCUGGAUGAGACUCAUCCUUACAUGGUGACUUCAGUGUCCUGCUGCCAUGGGAACACUCUGCUGGCUGUUCGAUCAGUCACAGAUGAACCAGUUCCCCCCUGAGGCAACAGGAUGAUCCAAGAGACCACCUCUUGAGUAUUCUGAAAAAUGCAGGUGCCCGAGGAAUGACUGUUGUCAGCGUCCUGGAUUGUGUCGUCAAUGGGGUAGAAAGGCCAGUGAAAUCUACUCUGGUCCCCCAAGUCCCUGUCUCCAAAGCUCUUUAUCUUACUAAAUAUUUGAAAGGCUCCAGUCUGGCAGGGGUCAACAGAAGGACGGCCUUCAAAACCUUUGCUAAACAACGCACCUUUCUCCAACCACCCCCAGCCCAGUUAGAAAGUAAGUCACUGACAGUGUCCUCUUGGAGACUCAUGCCAUGCUUUGGAAUAGGGCAAGCCAGGGCUUGUUUGGACUGGUCAUUAGGCCAGCCUAAUCUCUGCAUAGCUUGCAGCUGAUAGGUUGGAGGGAGCCCCCUUUUCUAUCUUAUCCUGAGGCAAGAGUUUGCACAGCCCCUGCGAGGGCACCCCUCCCCACACACACCUCUCAGGGAGGGGGUGCUGGAGCUAGCUUUUUGUUUGCUGAGGAGAUACUGCUGGAAAGUUGCCCUUUCCCCAGGCUAUUCCCCAGACCUAGACUGGGGAGAAAGGUUACCCGACCAAGUUCUCAAAGGUUUCAAAGUAUCACUAAUAAAAAUAUCAAAUGCC